AUUCGAAACGAGUCAAUAUGGAGAUCAUCAUAAAACACGACGCAACGACCAAAAACUCGACUACACCAAUGGCCUCCGUGAGGUUCGCCAAGUUGCAAUUCAUGUUCCUUUUUGGUCCACAAGGGGGGAUGUGACUUGAUUUGGGAGCGAGCCUCGAAGAUGAAUCGCCUCAGGGAUCAUCAAAUAGAAACAUAGGCGCAUAAUAAACAAGAAAAAUUAAGAGAAUACGAUAAAAGUACUUGUGACGCGCAGUGCGACCAGAUAAGGCUGAAAUAUGGAUUCGACGAAGUUGGGUGGUCCAACGCCGACUAGUCCGAGGACUCAUUCGCCAGUCCUGCCGAGCUACCCUGCGCCCGGUGACGGUAAUAUUGAUUACAUAAUAGGCGAUUACAUGGAGAGACUAGGCACGAGACUCAACAUCCUCGAAACUGAGUUGAAAUAUGCUUGGCGGGCACUGGAUCUUCUCAGUCAGGAAUACAUCAAAAUGUGGGAAAGAUUAGAAAAAUUAGAAGGUUUGCUAUACGAGCAGCAGACAGUUAUCAGCCAGCUGAUCGAGUUUUAUACUAGCGGUGGUACUCAUGAUAACGUGAAUAUCGUUGAGGAGACUUUGGCCAACCAGCAAGGCUCGGUAGGCGAGCUAGACGCGAUAGCGAAAAGCCUGGGUGCUGCGAUAAGCAUUGAGGAAACCACCGUACUACGGGAGAAACUGGCUCAACAGGAGUUGGCGAGGAUGCACGGACUCACGCAGGACAGUACAACGGCCGCGGCUGUGGUCACUGACAUGCAUAGGAAUGUCAGGAAUUUGGACACUUUGGAGACCCUCGAGGAAGAGGGCAACAUACCCGACGAGGCAUUCUACAGAAGCCUGAAUAACGCCUACAGAGAAGAUCUGAUUUGUGGCGACACAUCGAGACCGACAUCGCAGCUAGGUAUGAUCUGGGAAGAGGCUGAAGAUGAAGAUAUAAAUGGUAAGAAGGAGAUCGAGCCCAGCAUCUUCGACAAAGCUAUACCAAAGGAAAAAGAACUGGAAGAAUUAUCCAGUCAACCAACCAAGGAAGAAGUACAAACUUCCAUAAUGAAGAAGGAAGACGAGGCGGAUGAAGACGAGGGUGAAGUAUUCAGUGCAGCCGAUUAUAAAAGCUACAGAGGAAACACGCCGUGCGUCAGUGAGCAAGAUCUGGCUCAACUUUCAAGACUCAGCUCUCUCGAUCAGGUGGCAUUAGAAAAAUUGCACGAGAUAGAUAGGCUAACCAGCAAGUUGCAAAAGGAUUCGCAAAAUUUAAUAGAACUGCAAUCGAGAUUGAUAGAUUCGCCAAAACGAAAUCAGUAUGCGUCCGAAGCCGAGGCUAAACUAGCUGAGGAAGCAAGCAGCAUAGACGAACAACUGAGAAAAAUUUACGCGGAAACUGACGUGGACAGUUGGACUUUCUCCAAAAGUCCCAGCUCCACAGGCAGAUCGAUCUCCAGAGUCAGCACUGACAGUGGAUUGGCCACCGAUGGCGACUUUACAACGAGAUCUAUAUCGCCAAGACUGACCUCUACGUCCAGGAGCAAUUUAGACUCCAUUUCGACUACUUAUACCCCGCCUAGAUUAGGAUAUACAUCGGCUAUACUAGAAAAGAGUCCGGAGCCCGUGAUUCAGUUACCGAUUGACGUUGGUAAUUUCGCGAAGGGAUACGCUGAGAAUAAGGAACUGACAGAUUUGAUGGCCGAAAGCUUCGCGACCGCCGUCACCUGCGCCUCGCCCAACAUUUACAGCACGACCACCGAAAAAGUAUCGUCACCCACUUUGUCAGCCGGCAGCGUACACAGUGUUCACAGUGUCCAGGGUCUCCGCACCAGACAGGACGGUUACUUUGGCAGCGCAGCUCGGCUCAAUCUUGAAUUCCAGGAAAGUCGUACACCACCUAGUCCAUCGCCUAGCUCACCACCUCCGCCAGCACCGCGAGAUACCACCGAAACUUUCCUCAUGCCUGGCACAGAACAAAGAGAAUCAGAAACGAAGAGAUCUCAGAGCCCGAGUUUUCUGCGAAACGCCGAAAAGCUGGUCUCUAUGGAACAGGGUCGUCUCAGUCCCCAUCAGUCGCCCAAAUCACCACGAGUCUCGCCGAAACAUGCAGUUAAAUCUAGCAGUGCCGCUAACAUAGUCACAGCUAAGUCUGAUUCCGGUCUGUCCUCUAUGAGCGGCUGGAGCAGCUUAGACAAAUCGCCAUGUUCUCCGAAAAGCUCCAUCGCUAAAAUGCUGACUUCUUAUUCGGUGGAUCACACUCGCACGAGUAGUCUUAUACCGAGUACGCAGCCCGCCAGAACAUCCAGUCCGAUACCGCCGCUUCCAGAGACGACCACUACCACCGCUAUCACGGAACCUCUUUAUGACACUCCCGAAGGUAGAGACGCUUUUGCUAGUACCAUGACGACCACGUCCAGUCAUCCUUACACAACGACAAUGAAUCACUUAUCGGCAUAUACGACUGCCAGCAAGUCACCGGCCAAAGAAGACUAUACUUUUGUGCCACCGCCAGCUCCGGGUGUAACUACUACUUGUCAGAGUCCCAAAAAACGCAGUCGUCAGCAGAGUUUACAACAUACUUACGCGACGUCCUCUAGUACGAGUGCGGAUUAUAUUUACAGAUCAGAACAACCGGCUAUUUACUCCGUGGCCGGUAGUAAUCGACAGCAAGCCAUUACGAGUGUCUAUACCAGCGGUGCUGGAAGUUACGGGCCCAAAACUACUACUUCGGCUUACUAUUCUUCUUCCGAAUCGAUGGAUCAUCAAUAUACCAACUAUCAAGACAGUUAUGGCACUCUUCAAUAUGCAGAGACAACAAGCACUAUAAUGGCUCAUGGAAAGAAGCCAUUUCGUGGAAGCUCUUUUACAGAUGGUAUGACGAACCAUGAAGGAUAUAAAGCGGCAAUGUAUCGUACGAUGUUCCCCACCGGCAACAUCACAGAUGCUCUGUCGUAUUAUCCGACUAGUGCGACUAAUCUGCCGCGUACAGAGACAAACGAGAACUCAUCAUGGCUGAACUCUAUGGAGGAGCAGAUACCUCACGAUUCAACAUCUUCCAGCAUCAGGUCUUUAACUUCCGAUGGGAGCUACGCUCAAAGUCCGUACACAGACCGAAGGUAUCCCCAGCCGCCGGCCUAUCAAGCGCAUUCGGCGUAUCAACAGCAUCACAUUUACGCGAAUCAGAAUUAUCCACAAGCUUAUCAACAACAGUAUCAGCCAUACAGUCAGCGACUGAGUAGUGCUGAGAGCGCACAACUCGCAGACGGUUAUCAAAGACAAUGGCAAAGGGAACAUCAGUAUAUUCAAGAUCAUGAGAGUGGAAGAAUAUCUAUGGAGCAACAACAAACGCAGCAAAGCGAGUAUUACGACGCCUCGAGUGUAAUAGUUUCGCAAUCCGGAUACAUUAGUAUCGCUUCGAACCUAAAAGAUCAUGAGGUCGAUAAUAGUAAACUAUCAAAAAAAAUUAGAAGAGGUUCUUCCCUGAAGAACGCAAUGAGUUCUAUGAGCAAUUGGCUGCCCGAUUUGCACCUCACCAAACGUCACAGAAGUCAGUCAUUACCAGGGGGUGUCAGAAGAGAAGAUCUAGACGUGCAAGAAGCUCAGCAGCAAAGAUUGCCUGCUGAAAUGACAGGAAGAGGUCGAGGCAGAGCUCAGACGGCCAGAAAAAAGAAAAAACAUACGCUGGUUUCCACGGUUUCUGGCAUUCUCCAGAAGGCUAAGCGUCGCAGUCAUCAGUCGCAAUCUUUAUCCGAUCCGGAACAGUCUGAGACAGAAUGGAGCAGUGGUCGGCAAAGCGGUCUCUCGGAAGAUGAGGACAGCGUCAUAUCUGAUAUCGUUCAAGAACCGCCUUUCUUUGCCAAAGUGAAAUCCGCGAGUACCAAAAGAAAGCAGCCGCCUUCGAUGCCGCAGCAAAUGAUAGCACAACAGCAGCAACAACAAGCACAGAUUCAAGCGCAGCAAAAAGAAUAUAUGCAACAGCAGCAAAAAGAAUACAUGCAACAGCAGCAACAACAAGCACAGUUGCAACAACAACUUCAGCAUCAACAGGCGCUUCAACAACAGCAACAAGCACUCCAACAACAGAUUCAGCAGCACCAAGAGCAAUUGCAUCAACAGGCUCUUCAAGAUACGUGGGCUAAGGAGAAAGAAAAUCAAAGAAAAAUCGAGGUUAACGAGUAUGAAACGAAUGGCGACCAAUCGGCUAUGCUCGAAGAAGAAGCUUCUGGUAAGAGUACCGGCUCGGGAUCUGGUGGAUCGUCGAUCUUCCAAACUGUUGGUGAUAUUAAGAGGUCAACAGGCAGUUCGGAUGAGGCCCCCAAUGAGAAGGCGCCGAAACUGCCUCCGGUUACCUUGAUUGGUGGCUCGAGCAUGGAAUUCGCUGUGUCACGAGCGCUUGGCAAAUAUCGUCAACGACAAUCUUCGACAGUAUCCGAUGAACAAUCGAUCAUUGACGAGAACAAUGAUAAGAAAUCAACCGAGGAGGGUCCAUCGCAGACUUUGGAAACAAGUUUUGAAUAUCCGGAAGAUGUAUCGGAAAAAAGCGAGAAGAGCGAGAAGUCUGGCAGCGCAAAAUUACCGGAACUAGUCACCAGUUUAUCAGAAGAAGCUCCGCCAUCAGAGGGCAGUCCGUCAGCGUCCAUAAGAGGUUACAAUACUACAGGAGGAUCUCGAUUUCUACCUCGCCAUCAGCAAUCUCUAGAGAUUCCUUGGACUGGAUCACGACCGGGUGAACCUGAUGAGGAUAAUCGCAGCACUCAUUCAUACAGGAGUACAUCGAGAGUGUCUUCAAGACGGCAAAGUACAGAAGAUUCUAUUGAUUCCGAAGACGAAUGGUACUGUUACGAAUUAAGAAAACUUGAAGAGUUGGAGAGACAAUCCGAAAUGGAAAUGACCGAAGCAUUGAUCGAGGAACCUGAAGACGAAGUUUACCAGCCGGACGAAACGGUAAAAGAAAAGAUGUCGUUUGUAUUGAAGGAGCUUAAGCUCAAAGCCGUCACGAAACCAAAGGAUCAGAGAAAGGAGGUUAGGGAAGAAUUACGAGGCAGAAUGAACGGCACGGUGAUCAAAGAGCAUCGCUUCGAAGAAAACGAUAGCAGAUAUCGCGAUGAAAAACCUAUUCCUAAGCGAAAAUCUGCAGAAAGUGUAGAAGCUGUAUUCGCCAGGGUGACCGAUUAUCAUACAUGGGCGCACGAGAUAGAAGCUAAGAAGGAGAAGCCUCCUGCACCAUCCACGGAAGAGGGUUCUUCUGGCGAGACAUCCGGUCCGGAUAGUCCUGGACAAUCAAUGGACGAAGAAGAGGAAGAAGAGCUGCCGAAGGAUCUCGAUGAGCAACAAUCACGACGAAGUUCCAACGGUUCGACUCUACGUCACAGCGAGAAGAUGCCACAGGGCUCGGAUUCUUUAUCCCGCGAAGGUAGCGUAAGUGUACCACCUAGCGAAGUGUCGGUCAGCAUCCCGGGAGCUUGGGAUUCUGAAAGCACUGUCCUUGAAGGCCUCGAGCGCGAUGGAGCCGGUAGCGCCGAGACAGCUACAACGGCGACCUUGAGUCUACCGAAGAUCAAGAUCGACUCCUCGUCCUGCGGAAGCUCGGACACGACAUUGAAGGAGGGCCAGGUGAGUCCUGGCCCGCCCGGGUCCAAGUGGAAGCUGCUCAAGGCCUUGAAGGAACGUAAGGCCGAGGAGAAGCUCAAGGAGGUCGAAGAGGCCUCUAAGGAGAACACUAUCUCUCAGGGACCCACGGCAGUGAGUAUCAUGAUCAAGUGA